AUGGACCAUCACGUCGGCUCCUCCCACGUGCACGCCGACGGCGAGCGCAGGGCCAAGGAGGAGGACGUCGUCGUGGUGCUCGCCGUCGACGCCGAGGCGGCCGAUCCGAAGCCGGUCGAGGCCGACGACCGCCCGGGCGACGGCGAGGGCGGCGUCAACUACAUGGCCCGCGCGCAGUGGCUCCGCGCGGCGGUCCUCGGCGCCAACGACGGCCUCGUCUCCGUGGCGUCCCUCAUGAUCGGCGUCAGCGCCGUCAACGACGGCGGCAAGACGAUGCUCGUGUCGGGCCUGGCCGGGCUGGUGGCCGGCGCCUGCAGCAUGGCCAUCGGCGAGUUCGUGUCCGUGUACGCGCAGUACGACAUCGAGGUGGCCCAGAUCAAGCGCGACGGCGCCAAGGGCAAGAAGGAGAGCCUGGCGAGCCCGACGCUGGCCGCGCUCGCGUCGGCGCUGGCGUUCGCGGUGGGCGCGCUCCUGCCGCUGCUGGCCGGCGGGUUCGUGAGGCCGUAUGGCGCCAGGGUCGGGGCGGUGUGCGCGGCGACCACCGUGGGCCUGGCCGGCUUCGGCGCGGCGGGCGGGUACCUGGGCGGCGCGAGCAUGUUACGGUCGGGGUCCAGGGUCCUCCUGGGCGGGUGGGUCGCCAUGGCGGUCACGUACGGCGUACUCUGGCUGUUCGCCAAGGUGUCCCACAUUCAGGUCUCGUCGCUGGGGUGA